ACAUUUUAUCCACGACAAUAAUUCUAAAUGAUACCCUGGUGCGGGAAACUUCUCUGUUCAUCAAAUUAUGGUCGAUAACUAUAAAUUUUUCAUGUAGCCACGAAAUAUAUAUUACUGUAGAUUCUGGAUUUAUGAGGGGUGUUGAGCUGGAGGAUAGAAGGCUAAAAGAAUGUGCAGGCCAAUCUCAUUCGUUCCUGCAAUUGGCAAACUCUGUUGCAUUCCUUCAACUUCAAGUGAUCUCUCGGUUAUAAUCUCACUGUGUCACUCGGGGUGUCCAUGGAGGAUAAACAACAAAUGCACAUGCCGCCUCUCCUCCAAAUCCCAUUCCACCAACAAAUUCAGACUAUACUUCGACAAAGAUAAAAGACCCAGGAAAAAUUAUUAUCCUCCUCUCAAAUUUCAGCUUGACUGGGAUCCAUUUGAAGACCUCUUUGGAGUUGGCAUAGAUAUGGAGCCAAGGAAUAUCACAUUCAGUAGGCCUGAACCAAGGUCAUGGAUUGGUCCUAAUGGUCAAUAUGUGAAAGAGUUGCCAUGCCCAAGUUGUAGGGGUAGAGGAUACAUGCUUUGUUCAGAGUGUGGAAUACAUCGUUCUAGCCCAUCUUGUCCACAAUGCCAUGGAAAGGGGUUAAGUACAUGUCGCCAAUGUCUAGGAGAAUGUGUUAUAUGGGAGGAGUCAGUUGAUGAAUUGCCUUGGGAGAGAGCUCGUACCAGGUUUCCUUGUGGCUCGCUGGAAGCGUAUCGGAGAGACAAGAAGUCUCCUAUAUUGGCGUGGCAUUUGGAGAACUCUCCAAUUUUUAGUUGCAAAUCGAACUAUUCAGCAGAAACGCCAUUUUCAGAAUUGCAUUGGGAUGCAUGUAUUGCUGUUGGUGCUCUUCAGUUGCAAUUUCGAGGUAUUGUUUUGUUUGCUUAUGUCAUACGCUUCAUUUGCUUCUCAUUUGGCAUGAUUCUAUGGGGUUUUGAGUGA